UGUGGACUGCGAUUUUUAACACUGACGGGAACGUGCUUACUGUGUUGUGAUACAACCAGGAUAGACAAGCAAGUGAUGAAGCCCACGAUGCCCUAAUCAUAGAAUUAUAUUCAUUACACAAGAUAGCAUUUCGACAGCCGUUAAUUUCUGUAUUUACUGCAUGUAAUCGUUUGUAUGAUGGAAAAUUUAGAACUGAGCCUGUCAUCAUUGGGUACAAUCUCCAGGCAUAUUGAGAAAAGUCACAACGAACUCAGCAAGUAUUUGGCUAAGCAGAUAUGGAGCCAGCAGGACAGGCAGUGCAUUUUGGGGUGUUUAGCUCAGCUCCUGUUAGAAAAAGAGUACACACUGCUGAUUGCUCGUCACUUGCGGCCUUUGAUUCUGGAUCUGUUGGAGAGGAAUGCCGAGAGAGUGAAGGCAGAUGGCCGGCUGAAUCAUGAUUUACAUGAACGUUUAUGUGUGGCUCUCAGCAAACUGCUGAACUUCAGUCCUGACGCACAAGCGUUUGCUACAAGAUAUUUCAGCACCGCACCCCCAGUUUUUCAAAGGCUUUACUUCACAAGUGAGGAGUCAUCAUCUAUCCAAUAUGGUCCCCGACGGAUGAAGUUGCGGGACUUAAUGGGGGCCACCCUGCAUUUCCUGCAAAGUGACUGUGCCAAGUACAGAGUUCUUUGGGACUGGAGCGCUUGUGUGUCUCAGCUGUUCACCAGUGAUGUAAUGGUCCGCUGUUACACCGCACAGUGCCUAGCCUUGGUGUCCCACAUGACAGACAAUCAGAAAACUAUCUUCCUGCGAAAGGUCUUGUCAAGUGAAGAGAUUCUCCAUCUUAAAAUGAAGUCACUUGAGGAGACACAACAGCUGGAGGUAGAAAAAGGCCUUGUGUUGGCUAAUCAAGGCUCUGUUAUGUGGCGCAAAGAAAAGACUAAUCGAUACACCCGGGGCCAAGUCGUAUCUGAGGACCUUUCCCAGAAUGUUGUGGCUGUCUGUGGAGUGGUGUUGCCCAAGAUGAAACAACUAAAUGAAGAGCCGACAUUUUUGAAGGAUUUGGUUCUGGUGGAUUCAACUUGUCGGAACCUGCGGAGACUUGCUAUUGCAGUAGCUUCACAGAAAGCUGUGCUGUUAGAAGGUCCCAUUGGAUGCGGUAAAACCACCCUUGUGGAAUACCUUGCUGCUGUGACUGGGCAUGUGAAAUCCCCUGAAAUUCUCAAAGUUCAAUUGGGAGAUCAAACAGAUAGCAAGAUGUUGCUUGGUAUGUACCGAUGCACCGAUGUCCCUGGGAAGUUUGUGUGGCAGCCUGGCUCUCUGACACAAGCUGUAUCUAAGGGCUACUGGAUCCUACUGGAGGAUAUUGACCAUGCUCCUCUUGAUGUGAUAUCGGUACUACUUCCUUUAAUGGAAAACAGGAAGUUGACAAUUCCAGGACGUGAGGACUGUAUUCAGGUGGCUCCUGGCUUUCAGUUCAUUGCAACAAGAAGGAUGUUCUUCAGUGGUGGAAGCUGGCAUAGGCCACAGAGCACACACGCAGCACUGUUGGACAAAUACUGGACCAAAUUGCAGAUUGGAAAUAUGCCCAGAGAAGAACUCAAACAGGUUUUGUUAAAGCGGUACCCGAGCUUGACAGUGGUGGUGGAUCGCCUACUGGACAUUUACUGCCAGCUGACCGGAGACAGACACACCAGCGCAGCCUCGGCUCUAGCCGGCCCCAGUGUCCAGGCUCCGGAAGCGGAGCAGCACAGGCUAGAUGAUGGAGCUGCAGCGCUGGAGGGGAGGGGACUCUCUCUGAGAGAUCUACUGAAGUGGUGUGAGAGGAUCUUCCACAACUUUGACAACUCAUCAUCUGCCACUGCACAGAAGGUCUUCUUGGAGGCUCUGGACUGCUUCACUGCCAUGCUAUCCAAACCUGAGAGCAAACUGAGGAUGGCUGAGGUCAUCGGCAGCAAGCUCAACAUCUCCAGAGAAAAGGCCCAGCACUUCUGCCAGAUGUACCAACCGGGCAUCAGCCUGACCGAGCUUGAGGUGACUGUGGGCAGGACCACACUAGAUCGGAAGCAGAGUGAGGUGGUUCGACUCACUGUAGAGAAUCAGACAUUUGCUGCCACACGGCCCUCGUCUGUGCUGCUGGAGCAACUGGCCGUGUGUGUGUCCAAGGGGGAGCCCAUCCUGCUGGUAGGAGAGACGGGCACGGGCAAGACCUCCACUGUGCAAUAUCUGGCAGGCCUGACCGGGCACCGAUUGCGGGUUGUGAACAUGAAUCAGCAGAGUGAUACAGCCGACCUUUUAGGAGGGUAUAAGCCAGUGGACCACAAGCUGAUUCUGCUGCCCCUGCGUGAGGCGUUUGAGGACCUGUUUGCUCAGACCUACUCCCGUAAGCAGAACCUGACCUUCCUGGGCCACGUGCAGACGUGCUUCAGGAGCAAGCGCUGGCAAGACCUGCUCAAGCUCAUGGACCACGUGUGCAAGUCCGCCCUCACCAAGGAACUGCAUGACAAGCCUAAUGCCUUGUUGCAGGAGCAGUGGGAGGCGUUGUCCCAGAGGCUGGUUCAGACACAGGAGCAGAUCAGAGUGUGUGAAUCUGCUCUGGUGUUUGCCUUUGUGGAGGGUACGCUGGCCCAGGCCGUGAAGAGAGGAGAGUGGGUUCUGCUGGACGAGAUCAAUCUGGCCGCAGCCGAGACUCUGGAGUGUUUGAGUGGCCUGCUGGAGGGGAGCACCGGCUCUCUGGUGCUCCUCGACCGCGGCGACACCGAGCCUUUGGUGCGGCACCCAGACUUCCGGCUGUUUGCCUGCAUGAACCCUGCCACUGACGUGGGCAAGAGAAACCUCCCCCUUGGCAUCAGGAACCGGUUCACUGAGCUGUUUGUAGAGGAGCUGGAAAAUGAAGCAGACUUGCGCAUCCUUGUAGCAGAUUACCUGAAAGGCCUUAACAUGAGCAAGAGUGUCAUCAACGGAAUCAUAAGCUUUUACCUCACAGUCCGUAAGGAGGCCCAUACUCACCUGGUGGACGGUACCGGUCACAAGCCACACUACAGUUUGCGCACACUCUGCCGAGCUCUCAAGUAUGCUGCUGCCAACCCCUGCUACAGCGUCCAGCGCUCCCUCUAUGAGGGCUUCUGUUUGAGUUUCCUGACACAGUUGGACCGCUGCUCCCAUCCACUGGUGCAGAAACUGGUGUGUCAGCAUAUCCUCGGGGGAAAUGUGAAGUGUUUGAAACAGCCAAUCCCAGAGCCCAAAGACCGCCGCUGUGUGUCCAUAGAGGACUACUGGUUGGCUCAGGGGGAGAUGGAGCCGGCAGUGGACCCUUACUACAUCCACACUCCAGCGGUCAAGCUCAACCUGCGCGACUUGGCCCGAGUGGUGUCUGCUGGAUCCCAUCCGGUGCUGAUCCAGGGGGAGACCUCUGUGGGAAAGACGAGUCUCAUCAAGUGGCUGGCAGCUGCCACAGGGAACCAGUGUGUGAGGAUCAACAACCACGAGCACACGGACAUCCAGGAGUACCUGGGCUGCUACUCCUCAGACAACGGUGGCAAGCUCAUCUUCAGAGAGGGUGUUCUGAUUGAUGCCAUGCGGAAGGGCUACUGGAUCAUUCUGGACGAGCUGAAUCUGGCCCCCACUGAUGUUUUGGAGGCUCUCAAUCGUUUGCUGGAUGACAACAGGGAGCUCUUUGUGGCCGAGACACAAGAAGUAGUAAAAGCUCAUCCCAGGUUCAUGCUGUUUGCCACUCAGAAUCCUCCCGGGCUCUACGGCGGCCGCAAGAUGCUGUCGAGGGCCUUUAGGAAUCGCUUUGUUGAGCUCCAUUUUGACGAGCUGCCAAGUGCUGAGUUGGAGACCAUCCUGCACAGGAGGUGUAGCCUCCCCCCGUCCUACUGCACCAAGCUGGUCAACGUCAUGCAAGAGCUCCAGUCGUUCCGCAGGGGCUCCAGUGUGUUUGCGGGGAAGCAUGGUUUCAUCACUCUGAGGGACCUGUUUCGAUGGGCCGAGCGAUACCGGCUUGAAGAGCAGACUGAGGCCUCCCGAGACUGGCAGCAGCUCCUAGCUGAUGAUGGAUUCAUGCUGUUAUCCGGACGAGUCCGAAAGCCAGAGGAAGCACAGACCAUUCAGAACAUUCUAGAAAAGCAUUUUAAGAGGAAAGUGAAUCCAGACGUCCUGUUCUCACAUGGGCCAGUCAUCACCCAGUUCAGUCCGUUAAUCGACAGCAUAGCAGGAGUUCCUGAGGAGUUUGGCCACGUGGUCUGGACUCAGGGCAUGAGAAGGCUGGCGGUGCUCGUGGGUCGAGCGCUGCGGUUUCGCGAGUCUGUUUUGCUGGUGGGAGACACGGGCUGUGGAAAGACCACAAUCUGCCAGCUGUUUGCUGCUCUGGCCAGCCAGAGGUUUUUCUCUGUGAACUGCCACUUACACAUGGAGACGUCCGACUUCCUGGGUGGGCUCCGUCCGGUCCGCCACGCAGGGGGACACGAGGACGGCCGUCUGUUUGAGUGGCACGAUGGACCUCUGGUCAGGGCCAUGAGGGAGGAGGGCGUGUUCCUCAUGGAUGAGAUCUCCCUCGCUGACGACUCCGUCCUGGAACGACUCAACAGUGUGUUGGAGACGGAGAAGGUGCUGGUGCUGGCGGAGAAGGGCAGUGGUGACGAUGACGACGUCGAGCUGAUCACCGCAGGGCCCCGCUUCCGUCUGGUGGCCACCAUGAACCCUGGAGGAGAUUUUGGGAAGAAAGAGCUCUCUCCUGCUUUGAGGAACAGGUUCACAGAGAUCUGGUGCCCCCAGUCUAACAGUCGUGCAGACCUCGUGCAGAUAAUCCAGCACAAUCUACGCUCUGGCCUGUCUCUGGAUGAACAUGACCAUCAAGGGAAAGACAUUGCUGAGCUCAUGUUAGACUUCAUCGACUGGCUGACCAAUCAGGACUUUGGGCGACGCUGCAUCUUGAGUGUGCGGGACAUCCUGUCCUGGGUCAACUUCCUGAACCAGGUGUGUGAGCGUGACGCAGACGGCUUCAUGACCAUGGGGGACGAUGAGGAGGAGGAGGAGGUGGAGUGGGACCUUCGUCUCAACACGGUCACAGCGUUCAUCCAUGCUGCCUGCCUGGUCUAUGUGGAUGGAAUUGGCUCAGGUACCACUGUGUCAGCUGCGGAGAGUUGCCUGGCAACGCGGCAGGCCUGCAUGGGCUUCCUGAAGCAGAGACUGAGCAGAGAGACUACGCUGGAUGCUGAGAUGCAGGAGACCCUCAGGAUCUACGACACCAGCCUCCGCCGAGAGCCCACCUGGGGAGAGGACUUCUUUGGCAUCGAGCCUUUUUACAUCCCUAUUGGUCCGGAGAGUGAGAGCAGGAAUCUGACCGACUACACGCUGGCGGCGGGCACCACGGCCAUGAACGCCCAGAGACUCCUGCGGGCGCUGAAGCUGCAGAGGCCCAUCCUGCUGGAGGGCUCCCCUGGCGUGGGCAAGACCAGCCUGGUGGCAGCGCUGGCCAAAGCCUCAGGGAACCGCCUCAUCCGGAUCAACUUGUCUGAGCAAACAGAUGUGACUGACUUGUUUGGGACAGAUCUGCCUGUGGAAGGAGGCAAAGGGGGAGAGUUUGCAUGGAGAGAUGGCCCUCUGCUGGCAGCUCUGAAGGCUGGCCACUGGAUUGUCCUAGAUGAGCUGAAUCUGGCCUCCCAGUCGGUGCUCGAGGGACUGAAUGCCUGCUUCGACCACCGAGCGGAAAUCAACAUCCCCGAGCUGGGCAUGAGGUUCCAGGUGCAGCACGAGAAGACCAAGAUCUUCGCCUGCCAGAAUCCCUUCACGCAGGGCGGAGGGCGCAAGGGCCUCCCAAAGUCCUUCCUCAACAGGUUCACCCAGGUAUACGUGGAUCAGCAAAGCAGUGAAGACAUGGAAUUUAUUGGGAGUUCCAUCUUCCCAGGGAUCGAUAAACAAAUAAUCUCUAAAAUGGUUCAGUUCAGCAACCGGCUGGUGCAAGAGGUCACUGUGGAGAGAAGGUGGGGUCAGAGGGGCGGACCGUGGGAGUUCAACGUGCGUGACAUCUUCCGCUGGUGUCAGCUAAUGCAGGCUGACCAGUCACCGGGCUUCUUUAACCCUGGGCAGCACGUGGGCUUGGUCUACGCUGACCGGAUGAGGACUGAGGCAGACAAGGCCCAGGUGCUGGCUACGUUCAGAAAGGUGUUUGGUGCAGAGUUUGAGCCCUACACUGGCUCACGACAGUUUCACAUAACGCCGCUCAAUCUCCAGGUGGGCUUUUCUGUGCUCACGCGCAGCGGGGGAGCCCCUGUGGCCCUGGACCCUCCCCUGUCCAUCACGCACCACGCCCUGCGGCCCCUGGAGUCCCUCAUGAAAUGUGUGGAGCGCAGCUGGAUGGCCAUCCUGGUGGGCCCCACGACCAGCGGCAAGACCAGCCUGGUGCAGCUCCUGGCCCUGCUGACUGGACAUAGGCUGCGCGUCAUGGCCAUGAACAGCGCUAUGGACACCACCGAGCUGCUGGGAGGCUUUGAACAGGUGGACAUCAUCCGACCCUGGCAACAGGUCCUGGAGAGUGUGGACUAUGUGGUUGCCAUGGUGAUACGGCGGGGGUUGAUGUCACUGGACGGAGCAGUGCAGGACACUGAAUUCCUCCUGAGCACGUGGGGAGCUUUCCGAUGCUGGCUAAAGGAGGAGGGGCUUGACCGCACAGAAGGAACGGUCAGCUUUGAGGCGCUUAACAAACUGGAGGUCAUCAUUGUCCUGUUGCAGAAGCUCAACACCAAACUUAAGGUCUUCAUAGACAUGUCCAAGCUGCAGAUGGACUUCACUCUGCUGAAGGAGCGCCUGGCGCAGAUGCAGGACGGUUGGAGUCACGGGGGCUUCGAGUGGCUGGACGGCAUGCUGGUGCAGGCCCUGCAGGCUGGGGACUGGCUGCUGAUGGACAACGUCAACUUCUGCAGUGCGUCAGUGCUGGACCGUCUGAACGCACUGCUGGAGCCGGGUGGCUCCCUGACCAUUAAUGAGAGAGGAGUUAUAGACGGCACCACCCCCAGCAUCUCUCCACACCCCAACUUCAGGUUGUUUCUGGCGAUGGAUCCCAUUCAUGGGGAGAUCUCCAGAGCGAUGAGGAACCGGGGAGUUGAGAUCUACAUCCCCGGCGAGCAUGAGGCACUGUGCUGGGAUACCAUGGACCUGAAGACCCUCCUGAACACCACAGGGGUCAUCGGAGACUGUGUGUGUGACCUGCUCAUGUCCAUCCACGCCGAGAUCAAAGCCACUAUCUGGGACUCACCAGCGUCCUCAGUCUCGUCUCUGUUCCACGCCGCCACCCUGCUGUCUAGCCAGCUGCAGCGAGGAGUGGACCUGCCCAGCGCUCUGCUCCAGGCCUGCGGAGAGGCCUACUCCCUCAGCCAGCGCACCACUGCUAGCCAGAAGCUGGCUCAGGAGGUGAUCGAGCGGCAGCUGUCAGUGCUGGACACGGAGGACUGGGGGAACGGGCUGCUGUGUGCUGGAGUCUGGCCGGACAGGGUGCCCACAGCGCUCUUCUCCACCGAGGACUCGUGCUUCUCCAACGUGCUGAGGGACGGACAGGUCCUGUCCUUCUGCCUCAACUCCCUCAGCCUGCAGGGCAAGAGGAGUCGACCACUCAGCCUGCCUGACCUCCAGAGAGCAAUGCAGAUUGGAGUGCUGCAUGAGGGUCAAGUCUUCACAGGCAGUGUUGCCGACGUGGGUGCUGUGGACGCCAUACAUCUGUUGUCCACGGCAGUUCGGAUCCUGACGGAGAGAGCCUCCCACAGCGAUUGGAUCCUCCGAACCACCUGGCUCUCACACCUCACCAAGAGCUUCAAACAUGCACCAGAUGCGGUGUUGCUGCAGUUGGAGGCGGGGAACCGAGCCCUGAAAGCUGUGUUCAGCAGUAAGCUUGCCGUCAAGGGCAAGAGCCUCACAGAGCUGCUGCAGCCACACAGCACAGAUGACCACAGGAUCAUGGUGGAUAUGCGUUGGAACAAACAGUACCUGGACAUCCUGGCCAACACAUGUAAUUUUGAGGAUGAGGAAAGAUACAUGGAGUUCAUGGAUGCUCUGAAUGCUGUAGCAAACAGGAUAAUCCUACUGAUGGACAGAGAGGAGAGGGCCGCCAUCGGAGCCAUGGCAGGAAACUCAUCUCCACACAACAGUGCUCUGAGACUGGCCACAGCCUACUCCAAAGGCACCAUGGACAUCAGCCACCUGCCCCACCCCGUGCUGGUCCACCUGCGCUCCUUCUUUGACCUGUGGGACUCCUUUGUGCUGCAGGCCCUCCAGACCGGCCAGCCAUACAUCUCUGAUCACCUCAUGUUUGAGAUCCUGCAGCUGCUGCAGUGGAGGGAUCGCUUCUGGCACGUGUGUAACUCGCUGGCGGCGGACACGCGCGGAGUGUGUGUGCUGUCUCUGCACUGGCAGUGGGUCCACAAACACCUCAUCGUCCGACUUCCCCAGCUCCUCAUGGGCGACGGAAACUAUGAUGGUCAGCAGGAGAUGCAGGCAAUCUCCACAGCCAUCCAGAACACCCUGUCGAGCUCCGCCUCUGUGGCUUCUGCCAUGAAAGGCAUUCAGAAGACCUUAGGAAAACCACUGCCAUUCAAGCUGGACGCUGUAGCCGAGUGUGCCUCUCGCCUGCGGGUCCUCACCAAGGCCUUAAACGUGGAGGAUCUGCGGCUGGACAGCACGUCGUCACUAUGGAGACAGGAAAUGGCUCGUCUUCAGGGGGCUGUGUUGGGGCUGGACUCCAAGGAGAGUUUACUGGAAGCGUUAGGCCUGGUCCUAAAGGCAAACCACCAGUUGGAACCCCAGCAAUCAGGUGUGCUGGAGAGGCUGGUGUCCUGUGUGGAACAGCAGCAGAGUCACUUGGCCUCCUGUGGUGUGCUGGACUGUAGCUCCGAGGCGCGGCACGAAGAGGACAGCGCUGCCCCACCCUGCCGAGAGGUCCUCCAGCAGCUGGCGCGCCGGGCGCAGCUCUGGCCAGUCCUGGAGCAGUUGGCCAUGCUCAACCAGCUGAGGGUCACUGCAGACCUGCUGCAGCUCUCAAUCUCACCUGGGGAUGGCGAGACGGUGAAUGCUGUACGCAGUGGCGUGUCCCAGCACCUCCGCUUCUGUCUCCAGUCCACGCCAAUCAACAUCCGGCAGCUCCAUCCACUGUGGUUCCUGCUGAGCAGUGAACGGCCUGUGGAGGCGCUGCAGUUUGUGUGGUGUGAGUUGCUGUCUGAGGUCCUGGUGGCCUUCUGGAGUAGCAGUGUAACCACUAACCCGGAGCGCUGGCUAAAGUGGAACCCCCUGAGCCCUGAUGAGCAGAAGACCACCCGCUCACUACUGAGUCCAUCUGAUUCGGGCCCAGGAAUGCUGAGUCGAGCAGUUUGGUCCAAAUGCAUGCUGGGUAUCUUGAGCAGCAACGAAUCAGGUUGCCGGUGGGACCCCACAGGGACAUCCUUCCUGUCGUCAUCUCGAGUCACACUGGGAGAAUGGAGGGAGAGGACGUGUCAGCUGCAGGACCUUCGGGCCGUCUUAUGGGACAGCAUGGCUCUCCCAGCCCUGGCUGAAUUCAGGAGAACGGACUGCAGGCUGCAGGGGCUGGUGCUGCGCAGGCAGCUGCACUCUCUGUCUGACCUGCUGCCUCCAGGCCUGCAGGAGAGCUACUCUGAGAGCUGCGAGAACCUCACGGAGGGGUCAGAGCCGGUCACCGCUGCCCAGGAGGUUCAGACGGCCCUGAGAGAGGGCCUCCCCGAAAACCUGCUCCCCGAGGGCUUCCUGGACACCCUCAUCACCUGCAUGCAGCAGCUUGUGCAGAACCAGGUCCACAGCUCGGUCCAGCUGGCAUGGUCCGGCGUGUUCUGGGUGAACAUGGGUCUUCUGCAGAUCCAGUUGUGGACGCCUCAGACCAUUUUUGACCCUGCUGUGAAACGGGCUUACAAGCUCAGCUAUGCCAAAGAGGAGUUGGCGCUGCUACAGGAGGAGUGGAGAGGACGCAGCUUGUCCUCUCAGCUUCUGACAGGAGUGGGGAUUGAAGAAAGUAGCACCACAGAUGGCUUCCAGCACCCCCGUAUCAGGUACCUGUGGAUCCGCAUGCAGCAGGUGAACGAGCAGAUCUCUGAGCUGUCCAGGAAGCAGGCGUGCCGGCCCAGCGAGCCGCAGUAUGGCCGCCUCUACCAGGAGCUCCAGCACUACCUCUGCAGCAUCGGUCAGCCGGCCGCCGUCCGGGACCUGCUGUCCCACCUGCUGAAGGCCCUGCAAGGCCCGGGGCCCAAGUCCCGCAUGGGCAUCCAGAGCCUGCUGAAGGAGGAGGCCGUGUGGCAGGCCUCGCAGCAGCGCUUUGCCCAGAGGCUGGCCGAGGAGUACCCGCUCUACCCGGACGUGGUGGGGCCACUGCGGGCGGCUAUCCUGCAGAUCCAGCAUGGCAUGAGGCUGGUGGCGUCGCAGGUGUCCAGCUCGCUCACCUCUCUGCCAGGGCUGCCCAAGCUGGUGUCCUGUCUGCUGGCCUUCCCCUCGCUGGGCAGCGCCCUGCCGUCCUACCUGGCCUGCGCCGACUUCCUGUGCUCCAGGGCCAGCAUGGACGUGCUGAGAGGCCUGGGCAAGCUGCUGCCGCAGGGGGAAGUGGCGGCACGCUGGGUCCCUGACCCCUCCACCCUGCUGCUCAACGCACUGCUCUAUGUCCAGUGUCACGCUCUGUCCACCGGCCAGUUGGGGCCCGAGGCGCGCAAGCUCUUCAGGCAUAUCUGUCAGGCCCUGGUGAACGAGUGGGACGAGCAGGAGAGGCGAGCGCGGGAGAAGGAGCAGAUGGAGGCCAGCCUGUACCGCAGCCGGAGCAAGCAGCACGGGAGCAACCUCACGGAGGACGAGCAGGAGGAAAGGGAGUUCAGGCGGGCCUUCCCAACCUUCCAGAAGGACUUUGCUGACAUCGUGUGUGAGCCCAGUCUGGAGGCGCCAGUGGAGGAGGUGGAGGAGGAGGAGGAGGAGGCGGACGGCCAACCUGGCGAGAGUGGGAGUGGCCUCCUGUCAGCCGCCUGCCUGCAGACCGUGGUGCAGGUCCACCAGAGGCUGUGUCUGACCCAUGCCCACUCACUGUGGUACCAAAGCAGCACCAAGGUCGCUGACCCAUGCAAGGAUUACAUCAGCGCUCUGGUCUCCUCCUAUCAAAUCGCAGCUCCUGUGAUCUCACGCUUCUACCAUCUUAUAGAUGCGGAGAUGGACCCACAGCUCCUGGGCACCAAGCUGCUGCUGUGCUGCCUUCUCCAGAACACGGUGCGGGGCGCCGGGCCCUCCAGUAGCCUGAGCCUGCAGGUGGACGGGCCCUACGACUUCUACCAGCAGCCCAACAUGAGCCAGGCCCGUCUGUGCCUGCCUGUGCUGGAGCAGCUAGCCCAGGCUGUCCGACACCGGCUGGAGGAGUGGCCUGAGCAUCCCGCCCUCAUGCAGCUCACGUUGGUGAUGGAGCGCAUCCAGAGCUUCAGCUUGUCCAGCCCACUGGCCAAGUUCCUCAACGGCCUGGAGAUAUUACUCACCAAAGCCCAGGACUGGGAAAGCAACGCCAGUCGCUCUGUGACCUUGAAGAGGGAGUUGGAGUCCGUCACGCAGCUCAUCAUUCAGUGGCGCAAGCUUGAGUUGAGCUGUUGGUCCAGCAGCCUUGACAAUGCCAUGAAGCGGCAUGCUGAGAAGUCUGUCAAGCACUGGUUCUCCAUCCACCAGAUGCUGGAGAGAUUCCUUCUGGAGCAAAGAAUGGAGACCCACACUGUGGGUGAUGCUGGAGGAGUCGAGCUGUCUCUGGCAUCCGUGGCGUCCACCCUGCAGGCCUUCGUAGAGGGUUCCAGUCUGGGCGAGUUCCACACGCGUCUGGCCAUGCUGCUCAGCUUCCACUGCCACUCUCUUCUGCUGGCCCCUCCGCAGGACGGACAAGAUGCGUUGUGCAGCCUCCUGUGGAAUCUGUACAAGUACUACUCUCAGUUCUCAGAGAGUGUGCAGGCCAAACUCACACAGCUGCGCAAGCCCAUUGAGAAAGAGCUCAAGGAUUUUGUCAAGAUCUCCAAGUGGAACGAUGUGAGUUUCUGGUCAAUUAAGCAGUCUGUGGAAAAGACUCAUCGGAUCCUCUUCAAGUUUGUGAAGAAGUUUGAGGCUGCCCUCGGUCAGCCCUGUGCCCCCUCACUGGUGGAGCAGGGCAGCAGUGCCAGCGCUGAUAGUGUCGAUGCCAACCCUGAGGAGACGCCCUUGCUGCGGGUGCACCAGGCUCUCAAAAGUGCCCUCCCUGGGAAGGGCCGAAACCUGCAGAGUGAUGUCCCAGAGGAGAGUGCCUCGGGGCCGGAGCCCACCUCUCUGCAGGGCCGUCUGCCCCUCCUCAUCAGGAGGAUGAGGAAGAUGUGCGUGCAGCUGGUGAAGAAGAGCGCCAUGCCUGACCUGUCCGAGGACCUGGACCAGUUCACGGCUGAGAUCAUCUCCAACGUGCGGGACCUGCAGAGCCUUACUGUGGAUGUGUCGGCCGAGAAGGACCGGCAGAAGUCCGAGGUCAAGCACAUCCUGCAACAGAAGCAGCGAGGACUCUCUGACCUCUUCAAGAUGCUGGCUCAGAUUGGUCUGUCGUUCCGGAAGGGUCUGACGUGGAACCGCACAGCUGAUCCAGAGGAGAUGUUGUGUCUCCAGCCGCUAGAACUGUCCACUGCUCUGUCCACAGUGAAGACCGAUGUCCAGACAGAGAAGAUGUUAUUUUCUGAGAUGACAAAUGCUUGGGAAGGAUGUCAGAAGUACUUCUAUCGCUCUUGGGCUAGGAGAACAGCCUUACACACUGCUCUUCAGAGUGCUGCCAAGGAGCUGGGUUUGGGGAACAUUGAGCGAUGUAGGGGUUUCUCAUCCCACCUGUUCAAGCUGCUGCUCAGACAGAGGAGACGCUUGGCCAAACUCACUGAAAACUGGGUCCAUCUCAGGCGUCUCAUUGAUGGUGUCCAAGAGCUCCAGUCCCAGCUGGCGGACAGCAGCCCGCUGGACGACGCCGUCCUGCCCCCGCAGCAGCCCCUGCACCUGUGGUUGCUGCGCGCCCAGACGCUGGCCUCGCAGUGCUGCCUGGCCCUCCAGCAGCUGGGCCUGGUGCUCCAGUGUUGCCCCGAGGGGCCGCCCAGGCCUGGACAGCAGCAGAGCGAGGGCCUGGGGGAGCCCGAAGAGCCCACGCUCCGGCAGGCCUCUCCUCUGGACGCCAACCGCCAGCCCCCUGGGUGCCUGAUGAGGAGGGGCGAGGAGGCCUGGAGCCAGCUGAUGCAGAAGGUGGAGCACAUGCAGGUGGAGAGCCGGGCUGUGAAGGAGCAGCUGGACAGCAUCACGCAGCAGAACUCCGAGUGGGCUCUGCACACCUGGGGCCACUUCACGCUAUGCUGCUCGGUGCUGGAUCGGUUGGGGGCUGUGGUGGCGCAGAUGCCCAAGGUGGAGCAGCUUUUCACCCCCGUGGAGGCAUUUGGCCACCACGCCCAGCCGGCGCUGAUCAAGGGUCUGCACUGUGUGAGGGAGGAGGUGGAGUCCAGCCUGACGGAGUUCACCACCUGGAAAACGCAGCUUCUCUCUCUGGGCCACUCCCAGGCCGAUUUCCCCCAGAUGUUCUCCUCGGAGUUCUCUGAGCAGCUGGAGCAGGCCAUCAACACGGUGCUGUGCGCCGUCCAGAAUCUGGUGAAGAGGAGGGAAGCACAGCAGCAGGAUGACCAGCAGUCUGAGAGCAAACAAGGGAGUGAUGAGGAGUUGGCUGAGGACCUGCUCAAGCCAGGGCACCUGAACCGACUGCUGGAUGAGGAUCUGGGUGCAGAGGUGUUGUGCCUGGCACUGCCAGAGGUCAGUACGGUGGUGGAACAGCUGCUGGAGACUAUUCGGGUUUACAGAGACUCCUGUCCACCUCAGAAACUACAGGAGCUGAGUGAAGCCUGCAGGUUGCUGGUACGCCUGGAGCCCAUGCUGGGCGUGUACUCUGAGCUGGUGCGCUUCUACCUGGCGGUGUGUCUGGGGACCCACAGAAGCACAGGGAAGCUCCUCUCCGUGCUGGCCAGCAUCUUCACUGAGCUCGCUCAAAAGGGCUUCUGCCUGCCUCAGGAGCUGAUGGACGGUGGGGACGGCGAGGGCGCUACGGAGUUCCACGACUACGAGGGAGGCGGAAUUGGCGAGGGCCAGGGCGUGAAGGACGUCAGCGACAAGAUCGAGAACGAGGAGCAGGUGGAGGACACCUUCCAGCAAGGUCAGGAGAAGAAGGAGGAGGAGGAGCAGAAAGGAAACAUCAAGGAGGAGGACAACGCUAUCGAGAUGUCCGAGGACUUUGAUGGAAAGAUGCAUGACGGCGAGGACAGGGAACCAGGGGAAGAUGAGGAGGAGUCGGACAAUGAGGAAGAGGAGGAGUUGGAUAAGAAGAUGGGCGACCUGGGUGAGGGUAAAACAGACACUCUGGAUGAGAGGAUGUGGGGGGAGGAUGAUGAUGACGAUGAUGAUGAUGAUGACGACCAAGAGGGCAGCGACCGAGAGGAAGAGUCAGGUCCAGGAAUGGAUCAGGGGGAGUCAGAGCUUGUUGCAAAGGAUGACAACCAGGGUGCAAGUGAUGGCAAUAAAGACAAGAAGCAGGACCCAGAACAGGUCCCAGAUGAGGAGGAAGGGAAGGAGAAGAUCCAUGAGCAAAUGGAUGAGCGGGAAUUUGAUGAAAAUGAAGUGGACCCAUAUCAUGGCAAGCAGAAUAAAAAUGCAGAGCCAGAGGCCAUGGAGCUGCCUGAGGAGCUGAAGCUGGAUGAAGAAGAUCAAGGUGGAGAGGAUGAUGGCGGAGAGGGAGAUGAGGAGAAUCCCUUUGAUAUUGAGGACAAGCCCAUGGACCUGGAGGAAAAGGAGGGGGCGGAGAAAGAGGGAGAUGAGGAGGGUGGGGAGGAGGGGGAGGAGGUGGCAGAGGAGCAGCAGGAGGGCCAAGGGGAGGAAGAGGGUGCUGACGAGAGCUCUGCUGAUGGGGAGGAGAAGAUUAAGGAGGAGGAGGAGAACGACCCCAUGCCCGACGAGAACGCUGAGGACCAAGGGCCUGAGGAGGAGAAAGACCAAGGUCCAGAAGCAAGAAAGGAGAAGGAGCAGGCUAUUCCAUCUGGCCCCAAUCCUAAGGAGGAAGAGGAGGAGGAUGGUGCUGAAGAGGAUGAGAAUAAACCAGAGGAGAGCAAGAGGAGAGAACAUGACACUGAUGGCCAGACAGGGGACGAGAACGUCCAGAGCGAGACCGCUGUGGAGCUGGCAGGAGCCGCAUCUGAGAGAGACCAAGCCAAAGAGGAGCAUGGGAGUGGGGCAGCAGAUGCCAGUCAGUCUGAGGGACACGACUCCAAGCUGAUGGCUCAAGUCUCUGCUCUCAAACAAAGCCAGAAAAAGACACAGAGUUUUAAACGGAAGCCUGGGCAAGCAGACAAUGAGCGCUCAAUGGGGGAUUAUAACGAACGCAUCAACAAACGUCUGCGGACCGUGGACAACCGAGACGAGCGCAUGCAGGACGGCAGCAAUCCCAACAACCAGCAGGAAUCUGAUCUCUAUGAGCACAUCAAGCAGGGAGAACAGGACUACGACGCACAGACCUACGAUGUGGCUAGUGCUGACCAGCAGAAGCCAGCUGGUACCCAGCCCAAGCCUGAUGAAGAGGAGGACAUCGCCAUGGAUACAGAGGAGCAGGAGGAAGACUUCCAGAAAGUGAAGGCCGAGGAUCUGAAACCUGAGCAGCUGGAGUCCGCUAAAGCUAAGCGGAAAGGUUUGGACAGUGGCGAGCUGGAAGCCCAGAGGCUGGGAGAGGAGGAAGAGGAGGAGAACAGGCCACAGGGCAGGAGGGGAAGUGAUGAAGAGUGUCCCGAGAGGAGCACGGAGUCCACUAUCCACACGGUCCCUGAACUCCUAGCAGAUACACUGCAGCUUCAGUUGAGGGACCCGGAGGAGUUGAGGCGGGAGAUGGAGCAGCAGCUGGAGGCGUGGCAGAAGCAGCCCCCUGGAGCCCCGGAGGAGGAGAGCAUGGCUGCCGCCAUGUGGCACCAGUACCAGGGCCUGACCGGUGGCCUGUCCCAGCAGCUGUGCGAGCAGCUCCGACUCAUCCUGGAGCCCACACAGGCAGCCAAGCUGAAGGGAGACUUUCGCACUGGGAAAAGGCUGAACAUGCGUAAGGUCAUACCCUACAUUGCCAGCCAGUUCCGUAAAGAUAAAAUCUGGUUGCGAAGGACCAAACCCAGCAAGAGAGAGUAUCAGAUCUGUCUGGCUGUGGAUGACUCCUCCAGCAUGAUUGAUAACCACUCCAAACAGCUGGCGUUCGAGUCCCUCUCAGUGAUUGUGAACGCUCUUACACUGCUGGAGGCUGGACAGGUGUCUGUCUGCAGCUUUGGGGAGACGGUACAACUGCUGCAUCCUUUUGGCCAACAGUUUAAUGACCAGUCAGGGGCCAGAAUACUGCGACUCUGUCAGUUUCAGCAGAAGAAGACCAGGAUAGCACAGUUUUUGGAGACUUCAGCCAAUAUGUUUGUGGCAGCAAAACGACAGCCCCUGGGCUUCACAAGCACAGAAACAGCCCAGCUCCUGCUGAUUGUGUCAGACGGUAGAGGGCUCUUUCUAGAGGGGAAAGAGAAGGUGAUGGCGGCGGUGCAAGCUGCUCGCAGUGCCAAUAUCUUUGUCAUAUUUGUGGUGCUGGACAACCCCAACUCAAGGGAUUCCAUUUUGGACAUCAAAGUCCCCAUCUUCAAGGGCCCAGGAGAGAUGCCAGAGAUCCGCUCCUACAUGGAGGAGUUCCCCUUCCCUUUCUAUGUCAUCCUGCGUGAUGUGAACGCCUUGCCAGAGACGCUGAGCGAUGCACUCAGGCAGUGGUUUGAACUUGUUACGGCAACUGACCAGUAGGUCGCAGGGAAGCCAUUUUGAUAUUGCAGGGGCCACAUACAAACUGCACAAAGCCACACUGCUGCUACCAGCCUCCCGAACACAGAAACGAAGAACUCACACAGACCUGCUGCUGUACAUGUGCCUUUUCUUUCUGAAUUUUACUCUUAUUUUGAUAGCUAGUUGUUUGAUAGCAAUGUUCGCUCUUCUCAUCCUUGCCAUGAGGAGAGAUGGACUCAGGAGAGCCGAGAUCUUUGUUUGUUUGUUUGUUUGUUUGUUUAUGUUUGUGAAAAUCAUUGCUCAACCUUGCACGACUUUUUACAGAAAUCAAAUGAAAAUGUGACUCCCUUCAUUGUAAAACACUUCGAUGUGACUGUACGGACAGGCUGAAAUACCUCUUCCCCCUGCAGUAUUUCAGAUCCAUUGUAACGUCCUCAUUCUACACAAAUGUGAACACAAACAUGGACAUGGAUCAUCAAGUAUGGGUGGCACUGCCAGCAUUGUUUAUCUUAUCAUGUCAAAAAGAAAUGCAUGUCAACACAGUCCUCUCGAUACCUUCAAUUAUUCCAAAAAAAAUGUGCCUUGAAGGAAAAUCAGCUUUUAAUUUCAACACUGCAGAUGAAGCAAGGUUUUUUUUUCUUUAAAAAACAAUAUCACCCUGAUUAUCUCCCAUCUGCCUGGACCUUUGGAAUUACAUCCUGAUUUUGAAUUACCAAAGGGGUCUCCACUAAAUAAUAACAUAUCAGUUCUCUCUCGCUCUCUCUCUCUGUCCCUUUCUUUCUUGAUUUAAGUUUACACACAAAUUGUAAUAUGGAUAUGUGUAUGUAUGUGUAUGUAUGUAUGUCUGUCCAACCACACUGAGAACAUGUAAGGUACUGACCUGUCAUUCAGCGUCAAUUUUGUGUCAUAUCCUGUCUAGAUACAAUAUCUAGAUACAAUAUAUUGAGGGUCACUCUUGUCAGAUGAAAGUGAGUUAGGAGUUGCUUGUUUUCUUAGAGUAACGAUGUAGAAGGAUUUAUUAAUUCUGUGGUAUAUCUGUAUUAUUAGCUAGUGCUAGCUAACUGAACAUAAAUUAUUUUUCAUGUCAUCUCUCCUUCCACUCAUAAAAUUCUUCCAUCUCGGUUCAGUAUUACAGAAUUAUAAUGGUUACAAUAAAUUUUGGGCCUGUGUUUUCAUUA